AUGGCCGACAACCACUACCACUGGCUCUGGGAGCCGAUUCGCAACAUCAUCGAAAUGCACGACAAGAAGCGCUCCAAGAAGGGCGACAACCGCGUCUUCACUACGUUCACCAUGUCAGUCUUCAUCUUUCGCGAGGGCAGACUCCUUCUGCUGCAGCCGACCGACACGCCCGGUUGGACGGUUCCCAGCAGGUCUGUUCGAAGGCUGGACAACGAAGGGCGUGGCUGCGAGGGCUUGGUCCUGCAGAUGUUCUACGAUGCCAUCCGCACCAAGACGUUGGACCAUAUCCAGUUCAUCGAUCUGGCCAUUCCCGAUGCCACGAAAUCGAUCGCGGAGAUUUCUGCCACCGAGCUGCACAUGAACGUGCUGCUGUCGGUCCCUGAAGAUUUGAGUUUGGAUGGCGAUAGUCUCCCGUACCUACCAGGCCAGUGGCAAGACCUGCAAUGGGCGGAUCACGCCACAGCGGUGUCCCUCGAAAUCGAAAACCCGAAGCGCGAGCGCUUGCGAGCGGCCUUCCACCAGUACACAGCCAUCGCCAACGCCCACAGACGCUUCGCUCAGGGCCACGAUGCCACGCAGCUGUACGCCACCGCCUACAACUCGUGCAAGCUGGCGCGCGAGCUCAAGAAUGUAUGGUACGGUGGCGCCCGCGUCGAUCAUAUCCUCGUGGCCGUCAAGACAAGGGAGCCGGAAGCGGGUCUGUUCCUGAUCUGGAAGAUCGACGACAUCCUAGCCAAGAAGUUCCAUGACGGUACGUACACCAAGGUGGUCGUCGCCUUGGGUUACGAAGGGGGCCAGUAUCCGGAGGAGAGGAUGAAUCUGGUGGGCGAGUUCCAGCGCGGCUCCGGUAUACUGAGGCAGAACAUCGGACUGCAUCUCAUGCUGGAGGAGGAGGUACGAUUGAAGAUCUCGUGGCGGACAUGGAGUCGCACUCUGUACUUCAAAGGCUCUGACUAA